ACAACGACACUAAUGAAGCUUACGGAAUAAAGGAGUUUUGGUCCGUCAAUCAUUGCGACUUCUCCCCCAAGCCAGCCUCGGUUGCCCAUGAUUCCGUCCGUGCCUUUUCCCCGCAACUGGAUUAGGAUGAGGCAGCCUUAGGAACCAUCUUUAUAAAGUCCGCCAUCUGGACGGGGAAUCGGGGUAUAAGUUUUGGCGCUACCUGGUUCUUGUUCUCCACCUACUUGCUGCAUAACUAUCCCAAGCGCAUCUACAAGUAUGGCUCCCCGGGCGCUUGGCCUCUCUCGAGAAGGGUUUACCGCUGAUGUGACCGGCAAAUUUAUCCAGCGAACGCUCCUGAGCCCCUGGAAAACAUUGCCCCUGAUCCUGCUGGCACACUAUACCGCCAAAGGCAAAGAGAUAGCUCGCAGUCACCCGCAGGCUCUUCAGGUGAUCCGAGUGCUUGCUUCACUUGCCGUCCUUCGUCGCGUCAAUGCAUGGAUCAAUCGCCGCGUGUUAAAUAAUGGGACUUCGGAUCGCUAUUACUGGAAUCGCGAGGUGGUCGUGUUAACCGGUGGUAGCAACGGAAUCGGCAAACAGAUAGCCAUUCUGCUGGGACAUCGCGGGAUUAAAGUCGCAAUCUUUGAUAUCAAUCCGCCUGACGAUGAACUGCCUCCCACGGUCCGCUACCAUCAGUGCGACAUCACCUCGCCGGCCGCGAUCUCGGAGGCUGCGACAAAAAUCCGCACCACGAUGGGUGACCCGACCGUCCUGAUCAACAAUGCCGGGCUUUGCAGCGGCCGCACCAUCCUCGACAGCAACGAGGCCCAGACCCGACUCCAGUUCGAAGUCAACACGCUCGCGCACUACUGGCUGGCCCGCGAGCUCUUACCCUCGAUGGUCCAGCGCAACCACGGCAUGGUGGUCACCGUGGCCUCGCAAGCGGGAUACACCGUCACGCCGAACAUGGUGGAUUACUCGGCCACGAAAGCGGCGGCCAUCGCUUUCCACGAAGGUCUGGGGGCGGAGCUGGUGACGAGGUACCACGCGCCUCGGGUUCGCACCGUGCUGAUCACCCAGGGCUUCACCAAGACGGCGUUCAUCAAGGACCUGAGCCCUGAAGAUACCUGGCUCAACCCGCUGCUGCAUCCAGAGACGGUCGCGGAGGAGAUCGUCACCCAGGUCCUCACUGGCUCCAGUGGACAUGUUAUCGUGCCCGGGUCGACGGGUUGGCUGGCGAAGACGCUCCGUGGAUUUCCGUUGUGGUUUCAGCAUCGGCUGAGGUUGCGAUUGGAACGGGUUAUGCGGGCUUCUCAUUAGUGGGGAGGACUGUUGCUAUAUAGGUGUUUCUGUUCCUUCUGUUCUUUCUGCUUAUGUUUUGCUGGGAUGUAAGGACGUUUUGCCUGGCGCUUGUGUAACCUCAUUGGUCUAGUCCAAUGGUGAUUCCCUUCCAGAGAGCCGAGUCAUCAGCUGUAAUAUGCAAGAGGCUGCAAUCGGCACCUCCACCGUACAUACUCGUCAAGCACGACGGUCGAGACAGAUCGACCGACCGACUCGGAGGGAAACCUGAGGCCUUUCAUUCGUCCAACUGGCUGGCGGGACCCGACAAGCACGGAUGUCUUGUUGAGCCACCUCAUCACACAUGGCCGGAAUCUCGAACCAGUCAGCGGCAAGUCAUUCGGGGGGAACGCUGGUGAUUGAGCUGGGGCGACAGAUUAUCGAAAGCUAGUUAGUAGUUACGGGGCAUGACUGAAUCGAAGGGGGCUGGCUGGGGACGUCCAAUGCUCG